GGUAGAGCUUUGGUGGAGAACACUUUAGAGUACUUCCGAAUUCUGUCAGACUCUUAUUCGAGUAGCCACACCCUUCCACGAGAAGAGCCCAUUCAAGUGCGGUCUCCGUCACUCUACUUCACUCUUAACCGGGACUAUCGCGAGGGAUUCGCGGUACGUGGCUUGCAUUGCGGCCUGGGUGUGGUCAACCUACCCAAGGACUUUGGGCCGCUGGAUCUUUUGAUCGAGGGAAAUAAAUCCGCCUUGUUUGUUAUCGAUGCUCUGGUACAGUCAAAAUUUUAAACUAUUGUUGUUGUUAAGGACUUAAUUUAAGCCCCUUUAAGCCUCAAUAUACACACACAAAUUUUCCACAAUGAUCUUCAUAUAUUUUCUGUAAAGAACUUGGUGUUAGGGUUUGUAUAAGAUCAAAGCAUUUUCUUCUAGGUGAUCACUUUAAGUCUCAUUACCUUCUCUCUUGAUGAUGCAUUUAUUUUGUUAUAGAGAAAAUUGAUGUUGGUCAUUCUUGGGACUUCAUGAGUUAAGACGGAAUCCAUCAGGAAAUUGAGUAAUUUUAAUUUUCAGUAGACAAAACUUAGUGUAAUUACCGAUAACUAAUUAUAUCUAUAGCCCUUGAAAAAUGUAAAAAAGAAUGCGAUAUUGUUUCAGUUAUUCUGGUGGAAGGUUUUUUUCCACUGAAAAUUGAAUUUACUCAAUUUCCUGAUGACUUACGUCUUAAUACCCAUCAACUGCGUAGGUCCGCAAUGCAAAUACUAUGGUUCAAUUUUAUCUUUAUUUCCCCUUGGUUCACGUUCUUUUUCUUACGUAACCUUGCCUAGAAAAAAACGUUCUUGCCAAGGAUAUAAUUAAACGACAACAUAAGUAAAAAACGAACUUCAAAGUUGUUUAUUUCUUUAAAAGAUGCUUUGACGAAUCAGUGGUUAACUCGCGGGACCCGCGCACAGGUCCCAUAUUCUAAGCCGAAUGUUUUGUUUGUUUGUUUGUCUUAAGUUAGAAAAAAAAACAAACAAACAAACAAAUUGACGCAUAUGACUCUCCUUUGCAUGUUUGCACUAAGAAAGGAAACGGUCUCCGAUACUUUUCUUCCAUCAUUCGACAAUGCAAAUGUCUCUGUCAAGAAAGAUUGUUGAGAUCUAGAAACUUAGCUACCAUGCUAACGUGACGUCACGCUUCUUUCUAUAGAAAGGAAUUUACCGUGUAAAUUUCAUGUGUUUUUUCAUAACAGGCCAUGUCAACACCUAUUCUCCCAUUUGUGUGGACUAACUCAGUCAGCAUUAUCAAUAGUCACAUGAUCUCGUUAGACAUACGCAAUUACAGCACGCAAACAGAGCUGGAAAUCGUCAAUCUGACUGAACCGGUGGACUUGAGGAUAAGGAAAGGGAGCGACCCUCUAAAAACGUCCAAAGGAAAAGUAGAGUACUCCAAAACACUGGAGCAUAGCUUUAUUGUGACGCACAAUCAGAGCACAAUCAACAUAGAGGUAGAUGUGCUUGGGAACUUUACUGAGCAGCCAUCAUUAGUGGUGUAUCUAAGAAAAGGGCGACGGCCAACUAUGGAUGGAGAGGAAAACGAUAAAGUGCGAGUCAUUCCCCAAUUCCUUCUUGACAAAAGGAAAAACGUCAGUUAUUACACCAAUGAGGUGAGGUAG